AUGGGAUUCUCAGAUAUAUACAAGUUUCUGAGUAAUAGUCAGACAGAAAAACACGCUGACUCUAGUGUCGACAACAGCAGUCAAUUGAGCUCAGGCUUGGAAGAAGGCGGAAUCGUGCAAACAGAUAAGAAUGUCAAAGAGAUUGGUAUCAUUUCUGCAUCCUUCUUGAUGCUCAACAGAAUGUUGGGUGCCGGUGUCUUCUCCACCGGUUCCACAAUAUACGCGUUAUCCGGUUCAGUGGGAACCUCAUUGAUGAUGUGGUUUGCAGGAACAGUUAUCGCAUUCACAGGUUUAUUGGUAUACAUGGAAUUGGGAACAGCUAUUCCUAGAAAUGGUGGUGAAAAGAAUUAUUUGGAAUAUAUGUUUCAGAAACCCAAGUUCUUGGUCACGGCAAUGUACGCCUCAUAUGUGUUUUUUCUUGGAUGGGCCGCAGGUAACUCCAUCGUUGUUGGAGAAUAUAUCUUGAAUGCCGCAGGUAAAGAACCAGGACAAUGGAACUCAAGAGGUAUCGCAUUGGCAGUGAUUACAUUUGCAUUCUUGAUCAAUGGUAUAAACGUCAAGGCUGGUUUGUUUUUGGCCAACGCAUUGGGUGUCUUCAAAAUCGUUAUUGUCCUAUUCAUCUCCGUUACUGGAUGGGUUGCUUUGGGUGGCGGAAUCAAAACAAAUAAUUUCAAACCAACAGGAAACUUUCACAAUGCAUUCCAAGGUGAAUCACCUUCGGGUUUCGGUAUUGUGAAUGCCUUGUACAAUGUCAUUUGGUCCUAUGUCGGUUACUCAAACGCCAACUAUGCGCUCGGUGAAAUUAAAAACCCUCAAAAAGUGUUGAAAAUUGCUGCUCCUGCAGCAUUUAUUGGUCUCGGUAUCAUCUACAUGUUUGUUAAUAUUGCAUAUUUUGCCGUUGUCCCCAAGGAAGAGAUUGCCUCCUCGGGAAGAAUCUUGGCGGCAUCCUUUUUCAAGUACGCAUUUGGAGAUCAAGCUGAAAAAGCCGCUUCCGUGUUUGUUGCCUUGUCUGCUUGGGCCAAUGUCAUGUCAGUUAUCUUUUCCCAAGGUAGAAUUAUUCAACAGUUGGGCCGUGAAGGUUCAUUGCCAUUCUCAAGAUUCUUUGCCACUUCAAAGCCAUUCAAUACACCAUUUGUUGGUUUAUUCCAACACUGGAUCGUUUGUAUUGUGACCAUCUUGGCCCCACCUCCAGGUGAUGCAUACAACUUUAUCUUGAAUUUGAUUUCCUACCCAUUGAAUGUUGUCAAUACCGUUAUUGCUGCAGGAUUGAUUUGGAUCUACUACAAGAAAUACAAGGGCUUGACUGAGUGGAACCCUCCAAUCAGAGCUACUUUGCCAGUAACGAUAUUCUUUUUCCUUGCUUCCUUGUACUUGAUUGUUGCCCCAUACAUUCCGCCAAUCAAUGGACAAAAAGUUUACAAUGAUAUGCCAUACUGGAUCCAUGCUGUUGUGACAUGGGGUGUGUUUGGAAUUGGAUUGUUUUAUUGGAUCGUGUGGGUCAAGAUUUUGCCAUACUUUGGUGGAUACCGACUCGUGGCACAAGAAGUGCUUGGUCCCGAUGGAUUCUGGAGAAACAAGAUUUAUAAGGUGUCAAAAGAUAGCGUUGAUGCUGGUGAAGUACCUGUCGAGGUGGAGGAAGCUAAAGAAGCUCAAGUAGUGGGGUGA